UUAUUCCGGGGUCUCAUCAUCUCAUUUGUGAUUAAACAUUAAUGUGUUGUCUGGACUGUAGUAUUCUGGAUCUCGCUUGGUGUUGCCGCUUUAAAGGGCGCUAGAUUAGUCCCAUCUCCCACUCAACCCCACUCGAUCUGGCUCGGAUUCUCCCCGCGGACCACUCUCGGUGCCUGAUUCCGGUAGGUUUGUUGCUCGAUGUGCGGAGACGACUGGCUCUCCAGUAUAUUCAAACUUCCACCUUUCAACGAGCUGAGCAAAAAAUGGUAUAGCACCCACCAUGCCUGCUAGGUGGAGGACCAAGUCGGGCUGUCUUACGUGUCGCAUGAGACGAAAGAAAUGUGAUGAAGAAUCGCCGAAAUGUCACUCAUGCUGUCGCAAUGGCCUAACCUGCAUCUGGUCGCCGCAGGAAACGCCUGUGGAUCGUCACCGCAAUGCUCUUUCUACUCUAAAUGAUCAUACCCCCUCUUUAAAGUACCCGCCCCCGUUUGGCGGCCCUUCCAGGGAGUCCCUGUUUCAGUAUCUUGCGAUGACCAUGAUACCGCAACUGUUGAUUCCUGGGACUCCCUUGGAUACUGGCAAUGAGCUCAUCCCUCUUGCAGCGCAAUAUCCUUGCCUCAGGGAUUCCUUUCUAGCCUGUGCAACCCUAUUUCUAUCUCAGAGCAACGGCGUGCAAACCCUUCCGCAUGCGUUGACGUACUACUCGGACGCCGUUCGUUAUACUAGACGAAUGAUUGAAGAGUCGAAGGUAAAGGGUACAGAAGACUGGCUGCUCUUGCAGGCUUUGUUGCUUUGUAUUUUCGAGCGUGCUCAAUCUGGGCCAUAUUGCGAAGCCAUGUCCCAUUUACUCGGCGCAUCAAGAAUCAUGGCACUUAAAGUGAGAAGUGCCACAGAUCAAUCAACCCCAACCAGUCCAUUCCAGCAAAUGUGCGCUGCCUCCUUGCUUUACCACGCUGCGACGACCGCUUUUCUCAGCCCGGACAUUUCCCGACUACCAGAGGGCACUAUAUGGAAUCAGCUGCAGCAGUUCAUUGAACCCAGCUAUACCUCACUCUUUGCUAUCCCACCAACACUAUGCCGACUCAUACUUGAGAUUUCUCGCCUCGCUCGUCGCACACCUUUAAAUGACCACGACAAACAGCUAGCCAGUAGUCUGCACGAUCAGCUACGACCUUACCUGCCUCUGCAGCUCACUCCAGAUGAAGCCAUCUGCAGCGAAGAAAACCACGAUCACAAAGCGGAAGAAAUCAAGAAAGCAGCACAACUAUACGCACUGUCAGCUGAUAUUCUACUCCUAAAAACAACCAAUCCACAGCUCGCAGCCAAAGACAGCCGAGUCCAGGCCCAAGUCAAGCAAAUAAUGAAAGUCCUGCAAUCAGACGUGCAGGGAAUCUUCUGGAACCAACAUUACUCCUGGCCGUUUGCGAUUCUCGGCUGUGUCGUGCAACGCGAGACAGAAAUGCUAUUCUUGCUAGGGAGAUUGGGAACGCUAUGGGAGAGAUCUCGCUGGGGCGAUAUUCAACGCACAACUAACUUAUUUCGAGCCAUGCUCGAUUUCAGGCGCCAGAAUGCCCAGUUUGCGGGGUCGCUGCGGGAUGAAAAGUCCGGAGCUUCUGAUUGCCCUGAGCCGUUUGAUAUGUUACUCCGUACCGAUUGGCUCUUGCAGUUCACAGGGUGAUCCCUAAGGAAUGAAAUGGUGGAAACCCACUCUUAAAAUACGGGACAUAAGGUCGCGAGUACAAUCAAAAA